CCUGGGGACAGCUGGCUGGGGACCAAAGGGUUGUGGCACCAUGAGGCCCUGUUUCCUGGCUGUGGGGCUGGGGAACCUGUGGCGGUGUCCCUUGGGGUUGAGUGGGGACAGGGACAGGUCUGUGGGAACGGGGUGCAGCCUGAUGCAGCAGCUGCAGGGCCGCAGCGCAGUGCCUUGUGGCUGAUGGUGCUGGGCUGGGGAACCCGGAGGCAGGACCAUCUCUGGGUGUGGGGCUGGGGGGGUUCAGCCACUGUGGGGGUGCAGGUAGAGAGAUGCCGUGGGGCUGCAUAUGGGAACAGGCAGGGACACGGGGACGCCCACCCUGUCCUCCCUGGUGACAGGCGACUGCAAAAAGCUUUGUGAAAUAUCCACCACACUGCCUGAGCCCCCUGGCUCUGGGCUUAACAGAGCCACUGGCACCCACCAUGCACCUGCCAGCCAGCUCAUCCCCCUCCAUGGGCUGCAGUUUGAAUAAGCUCCAAGGCUCCAUGAUCACCCGACCCAAGCCCGGGGAACUGCUGGCUCCUGGCCUGACCAGCACAUCAGAUGGAUACUCUUUGCCUCCAUCAUGUCAAAUGCUCAUGGCUGCUGCAGGAUGGCAGAAGAUUAAGUCAUGAGGAUCUGCAGCUGCUGACAGGGUGACCAUCAGGGCGCUCUGGGUUCCCCCCGGGUCUGCGGGGUGCAGAGCCGGCAUUUUGUGGCCACUUCCUGCCGGGGAACCACCACAUCGGUGUCUCCAGUGUGCUGGUGGUGGCUUGUUCGCGCUUCCCUUCAAGAAGUGACGGCUCUGUCACUUUGGGAAAGGGCAGCCGUGCAGGGGGCUGAGACCCAUGGUGGCCACCUGGGAUUAUCCAUCUCCCCCCAACAACUCCUGUCUCUGCUUGUUGCUCAGUCCCCGGGAGCAGCAGCUUUGCUGUGAGAUGCUGUCCUACGGGUCAGAGUGAGUGCAGCCGGGUGGAUCCCACAGCCAGCAGGUGGCAUGAGGGAUGCUGUGCCGGCGGCGCAUGCAGGUGGUGCUGGCCCUGUGUGGGUUGCUGGCCCUGUGGCAAUGUUUCCGAGCCCCCCCAGACAACCUUGGUCCCUUUCCUGGGGCUCCCUCCCUGCUCGACACCCCCGCUGCCCGCUGCACUGCCAGUGCCAACAGCUCCGCGUGGUUCCACACCCGCUAUGAUGCGGCCACGGGGCCUCUGCUGACGGGCGCAGCCCACGAGCUCUCCCCCGACGUGGUGCGGUGGUGGCUGACCCUGCAGGGUCACCCAAAUGGCAUCCAGCUCCAGGACAUCAUUCAGCAGCUCUUCACUGUCCUCCCGGCACCGACCAGCGACGUGUGGGACCCGUCUCGCUGCAGAACUUGUGCAGUGGUGGGGAACUCGGGGCGGCUAAAUGGCUCUGGCCACGGGCUGGAGAUCGAUGCCCAUGACUGGGUGCUGAGGAUGAACAGAGCAAAGGUUGCUGGCUUUGAGCUGGAUGUUGGCAUGAGAACAACCCAUCACUUCAUGUACCCAGAGAGCGCAGUGAACCUCGGGCCUGGUGUCCACCUCGUCCUUGUCCCCUUCAAGCCGCUGGACCUGCAGUGGGUGGCCAGCGCCUUCUCCACUGGAGCGCUCACACACACCUACACGAGAGUGAAACAGUUCAUCAAAGCUGACAGAAACAAGGUGCUGGUCCUGAGCCCGGCUUUCCUCAAGUACAUCCACGACAACUGGACACAGCGCCGCGGGCGAUACCCCUCGACCGGCUUCACGGCGCUGCUCUUUGCCCUGCACGCCUGCCAGCGGGUCUCCGUGUUUGGCUUCGGAGCAGACAGUGACGGGAACUGGCACCACUACUGGGAGAAAAACCGCUGGUCCGGAGCCUUUCGCAGAACGAGGGUCCACGAUGCUGACGUGGAAUUCAGCCUCAUCGAGAGACUGGCAGCUGAAGGCAGGAUUUUAUUCUACAAAUGAUGCAUUUCUAAGAAGCCGAAGCCAGGCUGUUAGUGCAGGAACUGGCAGCCCCUGUGCGGCCAGCAGCUGCUUCAGCUGUUCAGCUUGCUUGUGCCCCAGCGCUGCUGUGUCCCCGGGCUCACACAGAAUCCCAGGAUGUCAGGGGUUGGAAGGGACCUGGAAAGCUCAUCCAGUGCAAUCCCCCCAUGGAGCAGGAACACCCAGAUGAGGUUACACAGGAAGGUGUCCAGGCGGGUUGGAAUGUCUGCACAGAAGGAGACUCCACAACCUCCCUGGGCAGCCUGGGCCAGGCUCUGCCACCCUCACCAGGAACAAGUUUCUUCUCAUAUUUAAGUGGAACCUCCUGUGUUCCAGUUUGCACCCAUUGCCCCUUGUCCUGUCACUGGUUGUCACCAAGAAGAGCCUGGCUCCAUCCUCCUGACACUCCCCCUUUCCAUAUUGAUCCCCAUGAAUGAGUCCCCCCUCAGUCUCCUCUUGUCCAGCUCCAGAGCCCCAGCUCCCUCAGCCUUUCCUCACACGGGAGAUGCUCCACUCACAGACCCUGCGCUCCCAGGGUCUCGGUGCUGCUUGUCCUGGUGCCACCAGCUGGGCACUCUGGGUGCCAGGUGACGCGCUCCUGUGGCACCGGGUCGCUGCAUUUGGCCGGACCCAGGGUGUGCCCAGCCCUGUCCAGGUUUGCUGGGAGAGAGGGACACGGUGGGGCUGCAGGUGGGUGUGCGGCCUGGGAGCUGUGAUGCGUGUCCCUGUGGUGGCCAUAGAGCCACUGGGUGACGGUGGUGGUGGUGAUGGCAGCUGCCCAAAUGUGGCUGUCCACAUGAUGGAGCUGGUAUUUCCACCCACUGGUGGCUUUGAGAGAGGUUUGUAGUUGUUCUUCGGGCAGGGGGAGAAAGGCAUCUUCCCCUCCUGUCUUUUUAUAACUAAGGAAAUAUUAAGAAAAUACAUCAAAGAAGAGUAAAUAAAGGAAAAAAAAAAAGAAAAAUCAAGCAUGCUAAGUCAGAACACAACAGUUGAAACAGUUGAAACGACCUUAUAUUGAAUAAACUUUGAAAACACA